AUGUCUUCGGUCCAACCUGAUAUCUCCAAGAUCUUUGUCAACUACCUCCGCAACUCCCGCCAGUUCAGUUGCCCCAUCUGCCAAAAGGACGUCAAGCCACCAACCCUCGAUGGCUUCAAGAACCAUGUUCAGGACAGCGCGGCCAAGCAUCCCACCGAGGAGAAGGCCAUUCUGGAAGCGUUCCAGAAAAUGAAGCUUGGCUCUGCCAAGGCGCAAAGCCAGCCUACAUCUGCCACAGAUAAUGACCAAGCCAGACGGUCAAGGAAAAGGUCGGGAGGAACAGCCGCCCUUGACCUUCCAGACGACCCACAGAAUGCUGGUCGACUGCAGCCCAACAACAAUGAGGGCUCUGAUACUGAAUCUCGCAAUAAGAAGCUUUGCUCCCCGAGUAGUAGUCCCCCGCCCUCCGCAACACCCAACAGGCGUGGGCGUGGGAGGCAGCAGGUUGACAGCGCCAAAGAGUUCGACCGCGGAACAAAGGGCUCGAGCACUCGGCAGCUCUGGAGCCCUGUCACUGGUGACCUCCCGAGACCUGCUCAAGCCGCGCCUCCAGCAUCCGGUCAGCGGUCGGGUCAGCGGUCGGGUCAGCGGUCUAGGCAGCCGCCGCGCGCGAGAGUAGCCCAGCAUGAAAUGGAGCAGCCUGAUCCUGAGCCGGGCCCGUCCGCCCAGGCCGACGCAGAAGAUGUUUGGGAAGAGGACCCGUCUGUGACCCAGAUGAUUCGCCAGCCGGAGACCAGGCCCAUUUCCCAAGAGCAGCUCGUCGCCGAGGUCAAGGGCAUCUAUGCCGGGCUUGUGAUGGUUGAAAGCAAAUGUAUUGAAGUCGACAACGCCCAGUCAGCGAAUAAAGACUCGCCGCAGCAGCUCAACAACGAGCAGUGGCAGGCUCUCAUUGCUCUUCACCGCACACUGCUGCAUGAGCAUCACGAUUUUUUUCUGGCGAGUCAGCAUCCGUCUGCCAGUCCGGCGCUUCGACGGCUGGCAUCCAAGUAUGCCAUGCCUGCGCGCAUGUGGCGCCAUGGAAUCCACUCAUUUCUCGAGCUCCUCAGACAUAGAUUGCCUCUGUCUCUCGAACACAUGCUCACUUUCAUCUACAUCGCCUACAGCAUGAUGGCUCUUUUAUACGAGACUGUACCGGCCUUUGAAGAUACGUGGAUCGAGUGCCUUGGAGACCUGGGCAGAUAUCGCAUGGCUAUCGAGGAUGAUGAUAUUAGAGACCGCGAAACUUGGACGGCCGUUUCUCGAUACUGGUAUUCAAAGGCGUCGGACAAGCUUCCCACGACGGGCCGGCUUUAUCACCACUUGGCUAUUCUCGCUCGGCCCAACGCGCUCCAGCAGACAUAUUACUAUACUAAGUCGCUGUGCGUCCCGAUCCCGUUUCUCAGCGCCAGGGAGAGCGUCAUGACUUUAUUUGACCCAGUUUUAAGUUCGGGCCCCCCCAGGCUUGAACCGGUCGACCUUGCUUUCGUUCGCAUACUUGCAAUCUUCUUCUGUGGAAAAGAAAAGGAUCUCCUGGGGACUUCCUGCAGGCAGUUUUUGAGCCUUUUGGACGGACACAUUGCCCGCAUGACCAAGGGUUGGCUGGAAGCCGGGUAUUAUAUGGGCAUCUCCAUUACGUGCUCCCUCCUUGGCUUUGGCAGUGAUUCCAAUGUGUUAAAGAGCGCCAUUCUCCCUAAACGGUCCGACGAGAUGGACGUUGCUGGCGAGACCGCCUUGCCGGAAGCGGUUCCGACAGACACUUUUCAUCAAUCGCUCUCGCUGGCGGUGCAAACGCUCGAGAUAGUGAUUCAGCGGUGGGGGGAUAUGAAUAUAUUGCCCUUUAUUCACACACAAAUGGUAUUCAUCCAUCACUUAUCAAAAUUCCCCUCUGCGAUGAAGCACAUUGAACAAAAGUACCCCUGGAAGCUCAUUGCGACGAUGCUCAACUAUCUGAAACAAUCAUGCAAGACUGAGCCUCGCAUGGACAGCGAGGCGUUUCCCGGAGCAGAAAAUCUGGAUCAUUACAGGCCACUUCCGGAAGAUUACGCCAUGCGAGGGCUGAUUUACACAGAGGAAUACUUUCCACUCAAGUGGUUCGCGGGCGAGGCUGUUGAGGAGGACGAGAAGUACUUUGAACAAGCUUCGAUGGUGGACGUCAGAAAAGAGAGAAUUUUAUGGAUUGGACGACAAAUCGCUAAACAAGGCAAGUGGAUUUUAUGGGAGGCGGAAAGCGCGAAAUUUACCGUGCCCGCCGAGUAUAACGUUGAAUAUACUCCUAAAACGCCCGCCGAGGGCGCCCGGGAGAUUGUCAGUCUCGGUGCCGAUUCGCAGAACAUGAGUUCUCCGCGUCAAGCAUACUGA